AUGGGAAGACAACCACUAGUACUUGUGGCUGAUGCAGAGCUAUGCAGAGAAGUUGGAAUCAAGAAAUUUAAAGACAUUCCAAACAGAAGCAUUCCCUCUCCUAUUUUGGCUUCUCCACUUCACAGAAAAGGUCUUUUUUGGAUAAGGGAUUCAAGAUGGUCAACUAUGAGAAACACUAUAGUUUCAGUGUACCAACCAUCAUACUUAGCAAAAUUAGUCCCCAUGAUGCAAUCCUUUAUAGAAACCACAUCUCAAAACAUCUCAAUGGAUGAUCAAGAUAUAAUCUUCAAUGAAUUCUCACUCAAAACAGCUACCGAUGUGAUUGGAAAAGCUGCUUUCGGGUUUGACUUUGGCAUCUCUAACUCAAACAACCAUCAAAACAACGAUAAACAUAUAGAAUCAUUUAUCAAGCAACAAAUUUACUCCACUACAAUGCUUAAAAUGGACUUAUACGGUUCAUUUUCAAUCAUUUUAGGCCUCCUUCUCCCUAUACAUCAAGAACCCGUUCGCCAAAUACUUAAGCGAAUUCCUUACACCAUGGACUGGAAGAUUGAAAGAACCAACAACAACUUGAAUAGUCAACUUGACCAAAUAGUGGUUAACAAAAUGAAAGAGGAACAAAGAGGGUCAAAAGAUUUCUUGUCAUUGAUAUUGAAUGCAAGAGAAUCCGAGACUGUUUCCAAGAACUUGUUCACAUUAUUCAAAACUAACUAUUUUGAGAUUAUUCAAAAGAAAGUAAAAACCCUAACUUAA